UAGACAACAGCAGCGGUGCUGUUUUUUUUUAUGGUGUAGCAGUAAUCGGUGGAAGAGGUAGCGUGCAAGGCUAUGAGAAAAACAACAUAGUUUUUGACCACAGGUUUAAAUUUUUAUACAAUGACUAUUAUUUCGACAGUGUAGUAUUUCAAAUGUCAAUAUACGCGUUUUUCCGGUUACGUAGGUAAACUCAAGAUGGUUGAAAUCGUUAUUAGUGUCAGGGCGUACUGUAAGAUGUUGUUACACAUGAUGAAAUAUCCGCACAGUGCGGUAAACGGUAUAUUCAUAGCAGAAGAAAAGAAAACUCACGAAAGAGGGCAACUAGUAAUAAAUAUUGUUGACUCUAUACCUCUUUUUCAUACGAGUUUAGGUCUGACACCCAUGUUAGAAGUAGCAUUCAUGCAGGUGGACCAUUACUGCAAGUCUAAAGGACUUGAAAUAGUUGGGUAUUAUCAGGGUAACAGGAAUUAUCAAGAUUCAAGUCCAGAUGCAGUAGCUUUUAAAGUGGCUGAGAAAGUUUAUGAAAACUUCAACAAUGCAUGCCUUGUAAUUGUGGACAACCAGAAGGUAUCAGUAGAAUGUAGGGAAGUUGGCUUUCAGCUUUAUCAAUACAGUGACAACAAGUGGAAAUUAAAAGAUAAAACCAGUGUUUUUUUGGAACAAGGUCAUAGUGCACUUGGUAUAGCCUCAACACUUCUUCAAUCUAAGGUGUACAGACAUCUGGUGGAUUUUGACAACCACCUUGAUAACAUAACUGAAGAUUGGACUAACCAAUUAUUGAAUGAAGAAAUAGAACAUUGCUUAUAGCACUAGCCUAUAUUAUAAUUAGCUGAAAUUUUGACUAUCCUAUCUAUUCUCUGAUACUUGGAAGGAAAUGAACAUUCAACCAGUGCACUUCUGGGCACCUACUGUGUGUCUCAAGUAUUAUUCUAUUGAUAUGUUUGUCAUGUUGAAUGUCAAUACAUCGUGUUAUUACUUUUACAUUAAAAAAAUGAAAAACAAUUGAGUGAAAGAUCUAUGCCAAAGAUUUAGUCGUGAGACAUGAAAGGAGGUGGAGAGGGAGGCCGGUAGGCUAAUUUUUUGAGGUUCGACUUUAACACCAGUUACAAAUGAAUUUACUUAAAUCAAGCUAAUGCAGUCAUGGGUUAAGCACACAAGCCACCAACUCGAGGAAGUUUAUAAAUUGAAUAAAGAAUUGACUUGGAAAAUGAAAUACAAAGUACAUACAAAGCUUUAAUUUUAAAUAUUCAUAUACUCAUCCAAGCCUACAAUACCAAAAGCAUCAAAUCCUUCGUUUUAAGUGAGUAACUGUUCUUUGAUUAAACCUUUAAUAAGACUUAUUAAAUUGGACUCUACAGCAAACAGAUUAUUAAUUAAAGUAUUAUGUGAAAUACACUCAGACAUAGUUAAGUUUAGACAAAUCAACUAUAGCAUCUUUUAAAAUAUCUCUUAACAAAUCUAUUACUUCUUCCAUGGAUCUUACUGAACCUACAAGUGAGUUCUCUUUUAACAUCAUAUUAUUCACACACACAUUAUAUGUCAUUUACUAAUUAUGCUGUUAGACUAGAGUUUGUAAGGUGGGCAUUUUCCAUGCUUGGU